UAUGAGUACGACCCACUAACAUGAAUUGCCAAACAAGAUUAUAUUUUCCACUCUAGUAACAAAAACCUCCCUGAUAAUCCCCCUCCCAAAAGAAACACACUACACCAAUGGCUGCAUUGCGGAUGAUAGAUAUAGCAGUUAAUUUUACAGAUGGCAUGUUUAAAGGAAUCUAUCAUGGCAAGCAAUGCCAUGUCUCAGACAUCCAAACAGUGUUAAAAAGAGCUUGGAGCACUGGAAUUGAUCGAAUCAUCGUUACUGGAGGAUCCCUUGAGGAGUCAAAGGAAGCUUUAGCAAUUGCAGAAACUGAUGGAAGGCUAUUUUGUACUGUUGGUGUGCAUCCAACUAGAUGCAAUGAAUUUGAAGAAAGUGGCGAUCCAGAACAGCAUUUUCAGGCACUUCUAUCUCUAGCUAAGGAGGGAGUUCAGAAGGGUAAGGUCGUGGCAAUUGGCGAAUGUGGACUGGACUAUGACAGACUUCAGUUUUGUCCAGCUGAUAUCCAAAAGAAGUAUUUUGAAAGGCAAUUUGAACUGGCAUAUGCUAUGAAGCUGCCAAUGUUCCUGCAUAUGCGCGAAGCUGCAGCAGAUUUCUGUGAUAUUCUCGAUCACAAUAAAAGCAGAUUCUUUGCUGGAGUUGCUCAUUCUUUUACUGGAAGUGCAGAAGACCGUGAUAAACUACUUUCUUUCAGUAAUUUGUACAUUGGAGUCAAUGGCUGCUCUCUCAAGACUGCUGAAAAUCUUGAGGUGGUUAAAGGAAUUCCUGUUGAAAGGAUGAUGAUUGAAACAGAUUCACCGUACUGUGAGAUGAAGAACACUCAUGCAGGGAUCAAAAUGGUCAAGUCAACAUGGCCAUCGAAAAAGAAAGAGAGAUAUGAUCCAGAGUCCCUUGUCAAAGGGCGAAAUGAACCCUGCUUAGUUCGGCAAGUCCUUGAGGUGGUUGCUGGUUGCAAGGGUAUUGCUGACAUAGAUCAGCUGGGUCAGAAUGUGUACCACAAUACUUGCAGGGUCUUCUUUCCCCAUGAUUUGGAUUCGGCUGCUGAUGCUCUACUAGCUGGUAAGGAGAACCACUGAAGAAUCUCAUUCUGAUACACUUGACAGAAAUGGUGGUAUAUGGAGAUGAAUCAGGCUUAUCUUCUUGUGGGCAUUUGGAGGAGGAUUCCCAGCGUGCUGCCUUCUUGCAUCACAUGAAAUCAAUAUCCGGUCAAGUAUUGAACCUAAGAAUGCAAUUUUGUUUAUGUUCGAUCUUGGAAGGGAGCAAGACAGCAGUAAUACAGGAUCUGAAUCCUUUUUUGAGUCGAGCAAUAUUUUCUUUGUAAUCUUAGUUACCAUAAUUUUUGACAAGGAUUUUGCAUUCUGCCGGGUAAUUCGUGAUUCAGCUGAUUAUGGAAUGUUGAAGCUUUAUCAGAGAGCUAAUUGUUAA